AUUAUCUCAAACCUCAAUUGUCUGUUACGUGAAAAUUAAUUUUCUGAUAUUUAAAGAUUAUUUGAACUUGUUGUCUCAAUGGAUAAAGAAAGAUUUACAAUGCUCCUUCUAGAUCCUGGAGAAAUUCUAUUCGAAGAUUAUAGUGUUUCAAUUAAAAUAAUAGAUUUGAGUAAUAGUAGUGACAGUCAACAAUGGAUUGAUGGUAGAUUAAAAUUAUGCUCUAAAUCUUUAGUUUUUGUAAGUAAAGAUGUAAAUCUACCGUUGAUGAAAAUUCAAUUCAAAGAUACAGUUACAGCAACGAAAGCUAGUAUAAAAGAUUAUUUUUCACGAUAUAAUCAUAUCUUAAAUGUACAUUGUCAGCAAUAUGUUGAAAUGUUGGAAGGAAAUGUUUUAGCUCCAUAUAAAUUCAUACACAAAUCGGUUAACUUUCAAUUUUUAUUUGAUUAUAUUGAAGUUGAUGAUUGUCUCCCACAAAUAUUACAGCUAUUGAGAGCAGCCACACUUCCAACAGCUGAACAAAAUGCUAUGAUUAUGACGAUAGCACAUUCAAGACAAUCGAGAUUUAUAUUUGAUACAUGCUGGUUAGAAGAUUUAUAUGAACAAGUAAUAUUUGAAUUACAAGCUAAUAAAGUUUUACCUUUAAUUAUAAACCCAGGAAGAAUUUUACUCUCUACAAGUAGAUUAUAUUUUCAGCCAUAUAAUAAUAUAGAUCAGUAUCCAGUUUUAAAAGUCAAUCUCAAAGAUAUGAAAAAUCUCAUUAAAAGAAGAUUUCUCUUACGUCAAGUGGGACUUGAAAUAAAAUGGAUCAAGCAAGCUAACAAUGAAGUUCAGCAUUUAUUUGUUGCAACUCAAACUGAAGAAGAAAGAAAUAUGUUGUAUACUAAAAUAAUGCAACAACCAGUCAUAAAAAUCGAAACAGUAGCUCAAAAUCAUAUGACUAUGCAAUGGCAAAAUGGUUCCUUAUCAAAUUAUGAUUAUUUGUUGUAUAUUAACAGUUUGGCAGAUAGAACAUUUCACGAUCUAACACAGUAUCCUAUUAUGCCUUGGGUCCUUCAAGAUUACACUUCUUCUACAUUAGAUCUCAAUGAUCCAACUGUUUACAGGGAUCUGAGUAAACCAAUUGGAGCGCUCGAACCAACACGUUUAGAUAGACUAAAGGCUAGAUAUUCUGAAAUGUCAGAACCAAAAUUCUUAUAUGGGUCACAUUACAGUGCACCUGGCUUUGUAUUAUUUUAUUUAGUAAGAAAAUAUCCACAAUAUAUGCUAUGCUUACAAAAUGGGAGAUUUGACCAUCCUGAUAGAAUGUUCAAUAGCAUAUCUGACGUUUGGAAAAAUGUUUUGAUGAAUAUGUCUGAUUUUAAAGAACUUAUACCUGAAUUUUACGAUAUUGAUCGUGGUGGAGAUUUUUUAGUUAAUAGUUAUGGCAUUGAUUUUGGGUUUAGACACGACGGUACAAAAAUUGAUAAUGUUCAAUUACCACCAUGGUCAAAAGAUCCGCCCGAUUUCGUUGAAAAGUUGAGAAGCGCUUUAGAAAGUGAUAGAGUUUCUGAAAAUUUGCACCAAUGGAUUGAUUUAAUAUUUGGCUUUAAGCAAAAAGGAGAAGAGGCUUUAAAAGCAGAUAAUGUAUUUUUUCACUUGUGUUAUGAAGGAUCGAUUGACUUAGAUACAAUAACGGACAUUAAUGAUAAGCACGGUUUGGAAGUGCAAAUCAUGGAGUUUGGACAGAUUCCAAAACAAAUAUUUAAAUUACCGCAUCCAAAGCGUUUAACAGCAACUAAUUUACUUCGCCGCGAAAUUUCAUUCACAAAAACUAAAGCCGACUCGAAAUCUGAUAACGAUAAGUUUGAAAUUAAAUUACAAUGCGCGCAUAUAUUUCAAUCUCAUAAAGAAGCUGUAAGUACUAUAACAGCCAUCACUGAUGGAGCACAAGAUGAAAAGAUUGUUUCAGUUGGUCAGGAUGGUGUAUUAAAAAUGCAUUCUCUGAAAACUGGAAACUUGAUAAGAAGUGUUGCUUUAUCGCAAGUUCCUUUAUGCUCUUGCAUAUAUUAUCAAACAACUUCCAACUCUAGUGUACUAGUUAUUGGUUCUUGUGACAAUUCAUUAAUUUUCUACGAUGUUGAAUUUGCAAAAGUUUUUAAUACAUUACACGGGCACGAGGAUGCAAUAUCUUGUUUAGUAUAUAGCAAAGUACAUAAUAUUAUUAUUUCAAGCUCGUGGGACUGUACAAUAAAAAUUUGGCAUACUUUGUCUCCUGACAAAAUACUAAAGCUCGUAGAAUGUUUCAUUGCCGAACUUGAUCACGAUUCUCAAGUUACUUGUAUCAGUAUUUCAAAAGAUGAAACGUUACUUGCUUCUGGAACUCUCGAUGGAGAAAUAUCCUUGUGGAAGUUGGGUGACUACCAUCUCCAGUUUACUAUAAAAGGACAAACAUGUCGAAUGAAUUCUCUAAUAUUUGAAGCAGAAUCAAAAUAUAUCAUUUCUUGUGCAAACAAGAAAUCCUUGAGUGUCAUUGACGUCCAGACGAGCACGCAAACCUUGUUUACCACAUUGAACGAAGAGCCAAUAUCAUUGACGUGGAUUGGAUCAAUUUUGCUGAUUGGAGAUGGCAAAGGAAAUGUUCAGGGAUGGAAUCCACGUACAGCCGAGUUUAUUGCUAAAUUUCACUGCCAUGAUGGAGCUGUUGUUUCUCUCAUGGUGCACAAUAACAAAUUGAUAACGGGUGGUCAAGAUAAAAGAGUCAUAGCUUGGGAGUUUUCUUGAAUUGAAACUGAAUUUGUGAUACACCUCAUUUAGCAUGUGUAUAUAAAAAUU